AGUCAUUUUUGUGGAUUCGUGGCUCGCAUUCAUUACAAGAGAAUGAAGAAAGCAGCGGUUACCACCCAGUGUGCAUGGAGGGUAAGAGUUGCUCGCAGAGAACUGCGCAAACUUAAAAUGGCUGCAAAAAAAGCAGCUGCUUUGCAAGCCACCAAUAGUAUUCUGGAAAAGCAAGUUGAAGAACUCUCUUCACAAUUGGAGCUAGAAAAGCGCAUAAGGUUUCAAGAGACUAAAGAAUUACUCAUGAAAGAAUGUGAGAAAGGAAAAGAUAGCACUGCAGGGGCAUUUGUUGUACAAGAGGCUCAGGUCAUUGAUCUUGAAAUGGUCAAUAAGCUCGUCACUGAAAAUGAGAUACUUAAGGCUUCAAAAGAAGCCAAAAACAAGGAAAAAGCCAGACUACAGUCUGCUCUGGAAGAAAUGAACCUUCAGCUCCAAGAGACUAGAGCUUUGCUCACGAUUGAACAUGAGACUGCAAACAGGACUACCAAGAACAAGUGUUUGGUACAAGAUCUCUAUGUUAUUAAUCAAGAAAAAGUCAAUGAAUUUACUGCUGCAGAGAGGCCUGUGGCGCCCGAUGUCCAGGUUAUUCAUCAAGUAAAGGUCAAUGAGCUCACUUCUGAAAAUGAGUUUCCUAAGGAUGAAGCCAAAUCCCAGGAAAAUGUAAAAUUACAACCUGCUUUAGAAGGGGUGGAGCUUCAGGUCCAAGAGACUAAUCAACUGCUCCUGAAGGCGCAGACACCCGUGGAAAGGAUUGCUGACCAUGUGUACACUGCGCAUGAGACACAGAAGAUUUCUAUGGAGCAGGUGCCGUGCCUGCUGCACAAGACAUCAAGUUCAUUGAUCAUGAAAUUGUCAAUAAGCUUAAGGGUGAAAAUAUGCAACUUAAGGCCUCAGUUAGCUCAUUGGAGAAGAAAAUCGAAGAAACAGAGAAGAAAUACGAGGAAACAACCAAACUUAGUGAGGAGCGGUUGAAGCAAGCCAUGGAUGCAGAGUCCAAAAUGAUCGAGUUAAAGACGGACAUGCAAAGGUUGGUGAAAUGAACUUUUACCAUUAUG